AUGUAUAUACUUAACAUUUUGAUAAUGUUUUUUACAUUAUUUCUGAGAGCAGAAAAAAGGUGUAAGAAAUUAAUUUCAUAUCCUCUUUUUUUAAACAAUAUUUUAAAUUUCAAUAAGCUAACUAAAAAUAAUUGCUUCAAUAAAUACAAUAAUAAAUUUCAAAGAAAAUAUCAUAUAAAAAAUAAAAUGGAAAAUCAGGAUUCUCCAUUCAUAGCAGUGUAUGUUACAACCCCAAGUAAGGAGGUAGCUGAAAAGAUAUCUUAUGUAUUAUUAGAAGAAAAAUUAGUAAGUUGUGUAAAUAUUAUUCCUGGUAUUCUUAGUUUAUAUCAUUGGAAAGGAGAAAUAGCAAAAGACAAUGAAGUAUUAAUGAUGAUAAAAACAAAAAAACAUCUUUUUGAAGAAAUUUUAAAAUUUGUAAAAUCCAAUCAUCCAUAUGAAAUACCAGAGGUUAUUGCUGUUCCUAUAGAACAUGGAAGUAAAGAUUAUUUAGAUUGGGUAAACAAUUCAGUCAAGAAAAUAUAA